AUGCCUUCGCCUUUGAGCAAAGAAGUGGCCCUGUUGAAGAGCCAAAGUGCGAAGGAGGGUGAAGCGCUUCGCGAACAAAUUCGCACCAUCAAGAGAGCCUUCGGGCCAGAGAACUUCAACUUCAUGAUUCUCGAAGAACAAGAGAAGGCCAAGAUCUCGAAGGCUGAGAGAAUGAAGAACCCAAACAAGCGAAAGCCCAAACAAGUCGGCACCGAUAACGACAGAGACGACGACGGCUACGAAGAGGACUGCCGACCGAUGGAGCCAGAAUCUAUGUUUGUCAAAUCAUUCGACAACCAGGACGAGAAAUGGUUCCACAUUCUGGAACACCUCGACUCUCGAGCUUGGCGAGCACACAUUGAUGUGAUGACCACGACCUUCCUACAGGAGAUCAGAGUUGACUUCCUCAACGACAACACAACCUUGAAACCAUGGCAGAAGGUCGGGGUCGCCAAGCUCUUGAAAGCUUGUGACGGGCCAUUCAAAGGGCUCAUUCUUGGCGAUGAAACCGGCCUCGGGAAGACACUGGAAGCUUUGGUUGUAGCCAGAUGGGAACGUGAAGUCCGGACUCAUCUACGCAACACCAAAGCCGCGGUCCUCAACAGCAACACGACGUCAGUCUGGGAACUGCUCCAGUUCGACGUUAUCAUCUGCAGCUCAAACUUCCUCAAAACAAGGUACGCCGAAGGCAUGAGAAUGGAACUCUUCAGCCUCAUUGCCAAUACCUACGAUAUUGCAUUGGCCAGGGAGAUGUGUCCUGGCAUACUUGAAAGACGAAUCAAGGUACCACUCCAUUCGGAGCUCUAUCAAGAAUGGAACAGACGUAUACCUGUUAUAAUCUUCGACGAGGCCCACGAUUACAAGAACGAGGAGACGCUAGCCCAAAAGGCGGCGUUGUCUCUCGAUUAUCACCACGCGUUUCUGCUAACGGCGACACCCAUGUAUAAUUCAUGGACGGAUGUUGGAGGCAUUGUAUCACUACUUCCAGGCUCCCCAUUCCUCGACCUCGACCAUUACAAGAGGACAUUUGCUGCCAUGCCUCCAGACAUCAACUCCGUGGCCCGGAAAGGACCAGAGGGCCCCUUCUACAACAUGAUGAUUGAGUUCCUUCGAGGGAUCAUCGUGGCAAGGCCUAAGUCGGUCCGAAAGCCUGGCCCUGGGAGGGACGAGAGAUCAUUUGGGGUCUCGAGAGGAAGUACCCACGAGGUAGCCCCAUGUCUGCGUCCAGAUUCAAGAGGGCUACUAUAUAUGAUCUGA